AAUUAGGGCUCGAUCGUCACGAAUAACUCUCUCUCUCUCUCUUCCCCAUUUGCGGCGCCUAUCACACUUCAGUAACUCAACUUCCCACCGCUGCAUGCGCCGAUCGGAAGAGGUCCUGGUGACGACAUCGACUCGAACGAAGCAAAACGUCGAGCACUGCGAACGCUUCUUCUAGACAACACGCCGCCGCCGCCGCCGCCUCGGUCUUGAUCCACAUUCGAUCGGGUCCGCCGUCGGCGAUUCCGGCGAUCGAGAAAUAAAGGGGGGGGAGCGGGGUUCCCACCACCGUUCGCGGGCGGCGGCAUGAACAACGGCGAGGGGAGGCGGCUGGCCGGGCAGGCGGAGGAGGAGGACGACGAGGAUGACGUCGACGAGUGCGGCCUCGAGGCGUGGGAGCGGGCCUACGCCGACGAGCGGUCCUGGGAGUCUCUUCAGGAGGACGAGUCCGGCCUACUCCGCUCGAUCGACAACAAGGCCCUCUACCAUGCCCAGUACCGGAGGCGCCUGCGCUCCCUCGCUUCGAGCAAUGCGGCUUCUCGGAUUCAGAAGGGCCUGAUCCGGUACCUCUGCAUCGUCAUCGACCUCUCCAGGGCUGCCUCGGAGACGGAUUUUCGACCGAGCCGUAUGGCCGUCGUUGCGAAAAAUGUCGAGGCUUUUAUCCGGGAAUUCUUCGACCAGAAUCCACUAAGUCAAAUAGGUUUAGUUACCAUAAAAGAUGGGGUUGCUAAUUGCUUGACGGAUCUCGGUGGAAGUCCUGAAUCCCAUAUUAAAGCUCUGAUGGGCAAGUUGGAGUGCUCGGGCGAUUCCUCGUUGCAGAAUGCCUUAGAUCUUGUUUGUGGAUAUCUGGAACAGAUUCCAUCGUACGGUCAUCGGGAAGUGCUGAUAUUGAAUUCAGCCCUAAGCACUUGUGACCCUGGAGAUAUUAUGGAGACCAUUCAGAAAUGCAAAAAGUCAAAAGUCAGGUGUUCUGUUAUUGGUCUUUCUGCUGAAAUUUUCAUAUGCAAACACAUCUGCCAGGAAACCGGGGGACUAUACUCUGUUGCGGUGGAUGAGUCUCACUUUAAGGAGUUGAUCCUGGAGCAUGCACCUCCUCCUCCAGCAAUAGCAGAGUUUGCAAUUGCUAAUUUGAUCAAGAUGGGUUUCCCCCAAAGAGCAGCAGAAAAUGUAAUUUCAAUUUGUUUGUGCCAUAAAGAGGCUAGGGGCGGAGGAUACACUUGUCCAAGAUGCAAAGCAAGAGUAUGUGAACUACCAACAGAAUGUCGUAUUUGUGGGCUCACCCUUGUUUCUUCUCCCCAUUUGGCGAGGUCGUACCAUCAUCUGUUUCCUAUUGCACCUUUUGACGAGGUUACUCCCGUACGCCUCAGUAGUUCUCAGCACAAGCUGCCCAAAUCUUGCUUUGGAUGUCAACAAAGUCUUCUUAAUCCUGGAAAUAGGCCCAGCCUUUCUGUUGAAUGUCCAAGAUGCAAACAGUUUUUCUGCAUUGACUGUGAUAUUUAUAUUCACGAAAGUUUGCAUAACUGCCCCGGUUGUGAGAGCUUCAGACAUUUCAAGACUGUCAGCUCUAGUGAAGAAUAGCUACACUGCUGGAAGUUAAAUUUUCGGUCCUCUCAGGGCCGACUUGCGGAAUAUUCCUUAUUUCUAAGGAAUUAACAUGUGUUUCAUAGAUAUAGCAAGUGCAAGUGCCUUAACGCAAUGUAUCUGGGAUUAUUGGCCUGUUCAGAGGAGUUGCAAUGGCCUCAGCUUCCAGAAGUAAGGCAUCAAUCAUGGAUUGAAUUAUUGAUCCUUCUUCCAGAAGUAAGGUACAUUAAAUGUUCUCCAUCUUGUAGUCUGUAACUCUUGAUAUAGAGAAGAAUAAUGCGGAUAUUCACAAAUGCAGAUGAAAGGAAGUGUUUUAAUUCCUUUGCCGGCGAUGAUUUAUCCUAUGCGUCUAUUUCAUGGUCAUACUGAUGAUUUAAUUCAUGUAUACAGUUUCAUUUCUUUUCCUUUCA